GGAAGGACUGGAGUUUGGAGGCAUGCCAUGAGACUUCAAAGAUCAGAAAAUCGGAGUAAGGGAGACCCUGCCCAGCUGGGGAGGGAGACUCCCUCCCCCAGCAUUUAAGGACCGAAGUUGCUGUCCCUGUUGAUGAUGAUGAUGACAAAAUCGUGGGGGGCUACACCUGCUCUGUCCCCUACCAGGUGUCCCUGAACUCAGGGUACCACUUCUGCGGGGGCUCUCUCAUCAACAACCAGUGGGUCGUGUCAGCUGCUCACUGCUACAAAUCCCGCAUCCAGGUGAGGCUCGGUGAAUACAACAUCGAUGUGUUGGAAGGGGAUGAGCAGUUCAUCAACUCCGAUAAAGUAAUUCGCCACCCCAAAUACAAUUCGUGGGUCCUGGAUAAUGACAUUAUGCUGAUCAAGCUGGCAACCCCAGCUGCCUUGAACUCCCGUGUUACAACCAUCUCUCUUCCUUCUGCCUGUGUGGCGUCUGGGACUCAGUGCCUGAUUUCUGGGUGGGGAAACACCCUCAGCAGUGGCUCUAACUACCCUGAGCUUCUCCAGUGUGUGGAUGCUCCAGUCCUGACUGAGGCAGAAUGCAGUGAUGCUUACCCAGGACAAAUCACUACAAACAUGAUCUGCGUGGGAUUCCUGGAGGGUGGCAAAGACUCCUGCCAGGGUGAUUCUGGUGGCCCAGUCGUGUGCAACGGUGAGCUCCAAGGAAUUGUGUCCUGGGGGAUCGGGUGUGCUUUGCAGGGUUACCCUGGAGUCUACACCAAGGUCUGCAACUAUGUUGACUGGAUCGAGGAGACCAUUGCCGCCAACUAAGACAUGCGUCUCCUGCUGGUCUCCUGAUGACAUUUCCUUUCCUCCCCCUUUAAUUCAUCUUUGAAAAGAACAUAGCACAAAUAAAAAGAUAUAUUAGCUGUAGCAAGUACUUCCUUAGUGCCAGUGUUUUUUUUCCCUCUGGGUUUUUCAUAACACACCUUACUGGUUCCCUAGCACCUCUCAUUGCUAAAGUGCCGUGUAGAUGGUGCAUAAUGGGAUCACUGCCCCCACACUGAAGUGAUCUCCCUUUGAGUGAAACACAGCAAUACUCUGCAUGGAAAAACUAGCUCAGGAAGU